AUGCAAAAGUCUUCUGAAGAAAAUGAAGGAAAACCACAGAACAGGCCAAAGGCGGAGGAAGACCACCCUUCAGAAGAUGUACCGCAGGAGGAGGAAGGAAAUCCUCCAUCUUUCGAAGAAGGCGUGAGCCAGGCAGCACCUGUCCAGGGAUGUAGGGAGGACGGUCCCGUUAGGCGUUUGGACCCUGAAGAAAUGCUAAGAGGAGUAGAUGAGUUGGAAAGGCUUAGGGAAGAAACAGGAAGAGUAAGAAACAAGUUUGUGACGAUGCAUUGA